GGUCGAGACUGCAGUGUGCCCAUUAAUUCCUGCAUUCAAAAUCCGUGUCAGAAUGGAGGGACCUGCCACCUCAGCGAGGCAAAUAAAGAUGGAUUCAGCUGUUCUUGUCUUCUUGGCUAUGAGGGGGAGAGGUGUGAAAUAAACCCAGAUGACUGUGAAGAUAAUGACUGCGAGAAUAACUCCACGUGUGUGGAUGGGAUCAACAACUACGAGUGUCUGUGCCCUCCUAAUUACACAGGUGAGCUGUGUGAUGAGGUGAUCAACCACUGUGUCCCUGAUCUAAAUCCCUGCCAGCACGARUCCAAAUGUGUUCCCCUGGACAAAGGAGUGAGGUGCGAGUGCCUGCCCGGGUACAGCGGCAAGCACUGCGAGCUGGACGAUGACGACUGCGUGGGGCACAAGUGCCGGCACGGAGCCGCCUGCAUGGAUGCGGUCAAUGGCUACACCUGCCUCUGUCCCCAGGGCUUCAGYGGGCUGCUGUGUGAGACACCACCGCCCAUGGUGCUGCUGCAGACCAGCCCGUGCGACCACGCCGAGUGCCAGAAYGGAGCGCAGUGCAUCGUGGCGCACAACGAGCCCGUGUGCCGCUGCCUCGCCGGCUUCGCGGGCCCGCGCUGCGAGAAGCUCAUCACCGUCAACUUCGUGGGCAAGGACUCGUACGUGGAGCUGCCCUCGGCCAAAAUCCGCCCGCAGGCAAACAUCUCCCUGCAGGUAGCCACGGACAAGGACAAUGGCAUCUUGUUGUACAAGGGAGACAAYGAUCCUUUGGCUCUGGAGUUGUAUCAAGGACACGUGAGGCUCAUCUACGACACCCUGAACUCCCCACCCACCACAGUGUACAGUGUGGAAACAGUAAAUGAUGGGCAGUUUCACAGUGUGGAACUCGUGAUGCUGAAUCAAACUCUGAACCUUGUGGUGGACAAGGGGGCUCCCAAGAGUCUGGGAAAACUGCAGAAACAGUCUUCAGUCAGCCUCAACACACCCCUCUACAUUGGAGGGAUUCCAACCUCUACUGGAUUAUCAUCCCUGCGCCAGGGUGCAGACAAAACACCAAAUGGUUUUCAUGGUUGCAUUCACGAYGUCCGCAUCAACAACGAGCUGCAGGAUUUCAAGGAUUUGCCACAGCAGUCCCUGGGAGUCCUUCCUGGCUGCAAAUCCUGUAACAUCUGCAAGCACGGGAUUUGCCGAUCCCUGGAGAAAACGAGUGUGAUUUGUGAGUGUCACCCAGGCUGGAUGGGCCCUCUGUGUGACCARGAAAUUGGAGAUCCAUGCCUUAACCACAAGUGUCUGCACGGGAAAUGCACGGCGGCCGGCAAUGCUUACACCUGUAAGUGCACAGAGGGMUACACGGGCACCUACUGUGACAAGAAGAACAACUCCUCCAACCCCUGCAGGACUUUGAAAUGCAACCACGGGCAGUGCAAGGUUUCAGAGCAUGGGGAGCCCUACUGUGAAUGUGACCCCGGCUACAGCGGAGAGCUCUGUGACAGAGAGAACCUGUGCCAAGGCGACAUCAUUCGAGAAGUGGUGCGCAAGCAGCAGGGCUACACGUCGUGUGCCAGCACCUCCAAAGUGCCRCGCCUGGAGUGCCGUGGCAGCUGUGGCAACGGGCAGUGCUGCGUGCCCCUCCGCAGCAAGAGGAGGAAAUACUUCUUCCAGUGCGUGGACGGCUCCACCUUCACGGAAGAACUGGAGAGACACGUGGAAUGCGGCUGCUCRAAGUGCUUAUAAGCCAUUCUCCGGUCUCUCGCCACUUUAAUCGACUCAGAAGCAUUAUCAAAAUGGGACCUAUUUACUUUCAGAGUGAAGAAGAAGAAAAGAAUUAUUAAGUAUAUUGUAAAAUAAGCAGAAAAUAGAACUUAUUUUUAUUAUGGAAAGUGACUAUUUUCAUCUUUUAUUAUAUAAAGUAUCGCACCACUUUGGGUAUAUGUAUCAUAUAGUGAGCUAUUUUUACCAUGAAACUUUUUUAACRGUUGUAAGAAAAAAAAAUUCAAAAGCUAAAAGGUUAAAAAAAAUUAUAUAUCUAUAAAGAAAACAUAGCCUAAGAGGAGGAAUGUGGGGUGUAUGCACAAUGAACAGAYGGAAGGGUGUUCCAAGGACCCGCCGCCGGACUGCUAGGGCUGAACAAAGCUCCGAGGCCCUGGUGGGAGUUCCAGGAUCCCCGUGACCGACUGCAUCCAGGCACCCAGACAGCCUGCCCAGCCCUUCUCUUCCCAACACCGCCCAUGCUGGUUUGCUCCUGUACAGUGGCCCUGCUUGCUGUUCAUGAACUGGUUCCCUGGAGCACACAGGCACUGCCGUAGCUUGAGGCUAACUACAUUAUUUGACUAUUGUAAUACUAUAAUACAUUUUUUGCUGUGUAUGUUGUAUUUAUCUGUGUUCACGUUAUAUUCUUCAGCAACUGUAUCUAUAGAGCACAGGCAGCUUUAUCCAAAAGAAGGGUGCGAAGGGAAAGGAAGUGGAGAAAUUUAUGUUGCUUUGGGUAAUUUGGGGGCAAAAUGUGAAAUAAGUGCUAAGUGAUGCCUAAUAAAUGACAUAGUACUUUUGUGUAAACUCCUCAGCUAUGUUAUUUCCCAAGUUUGUGCCUUCUUGCUCCCAGUCUUGAGCCCUUUUUUGUAUAUGAAAUGUAAGGAAUGCACUGCUACAGAGUUUAUCACACCUUGACACUUUAACUUUCGAARGUUGUAAAGAGCAUGAAAAUACCGCAGGUGGCAGGAGGCACCUGCAGCGUAUCRGCUUUUACUGCCACUGUCACUUGAGGCACGGGUGCGAGUUGGGCUGUGGCUGCUGCUCAGCCACACGCUGGCACGGAGCAGCUGCCUGCUCCCCACGCUGUCCAAAGGAGCACAAGUUGCACUAUAUCCACGUGAAGGUAUCCAGCUGCCGUCUGUGCGCCCCAGCAGCGCUCUCUGCUCCAGGAGAGUGUCACAGCUCCAUCCAGUGCACACUGAGCGGCUCAGCCAGAGCUCUUCAUCUGCUCCUUGUCCUGCACUCGUGCCUCCCAAAGGACCCCCACUCACCUGAGCUGUGUGCACAGCAACUGCUGAGAAGCAAAUGGAAAUCAAUGCAGGGACAAAUUCUCACUGGAUGUGAGAGGAAAAGUGACUCUGGGAGUGAGUUUGAUUUUUGAAGGAUUUUUGGCAGGGCUACCUUUCAGGGUCAGGACAUAUAUGCAAAGAGCACCAUGGAUACCUUGAAUUUUCUCUUAUUCURAAUUUCAAACCUCCCCAUCAACAACUGUUCUAUUAUCUGUGUAAUUUCUUUCUUUCUUGAAUGGAGUAAGUAUUAUGAUCCUUUCUUCAAGUUCUCUAACAYAGGUAGUCAGAGAUGCUUCCUAGCAGCCGUGAAGUCCUUCUGGGAACAGUUCCUGGUCUCACCAAAAGGAUUUCAGAUCAGGGSCUCCAGGAAAGGAUGAGUGGGAAAGCUGAAUCAAGAAAAUGGGAUUUCUGUUUCAUUUGGGCUUUGGAAAGAUGCACAGAAUGCAACCCUGCCAUGACAAGUAGAAAUGUUUAUUUCCCACURAAGCGAGAAGACCAUCUAGCUAUAAUACAGCCCGAAAGCUGUAGCAUGCUUAUUGUUCUUCUGCUGUGGCAGUCUCUCCUUAACUGCAGCAGCUCAUUCAUAWUUCUCUGCUGACGACCAGAGCAAUGUGAGCAGAAGGGACAUAACCAAUGUAACAGGCAUCUCAAAACAUCAAAAAAAAGAAGUAUCAGUACAUGCAACUGGCAAUCAGUGAAACAUAAAACAAUCACUAGUUAAUGUGCCAAACUCUGAUGGAUACAGCACAGCUCAAAAGCCAGGGAAAAACUGGUUGCAAGUACUGUGGACUGCUUUUAUUUUUAAUACAUGAGAAGCUCAUCGCAGCUGGGGUUUGUGGUGUACAGCAAAAAUCACCUAAACCACAACCUACACAUUUUAAAAAUUCAUGCAAGUAACUGCAAACACUUGUGCAAAUAUAUGCCAGACACACUGCUACCAUUAAUAUUUCAUUCCUGCUUAAAAAUACUUUAAUUUCUGAAGAAGCAGCUGCUGUGGUGUGGGGCAGAAGAAAUCCAGUGUAGCAGUGGUUCACCAGCCCUCAGAUUUGUAGCCACUUGACUGCCAAGGCUGCAGAAACACGGCCCCUCUUGAACCUGUCUAGAGYUGUGUUUACUCUGUCACUUGAGCAGCAGCGCUGUGAGAAAGAGGGUGACAUUUACGGGUGGCCUCGCACCUGCUGGAGGGUGCUUUGAAAGGAAUGGCCUGGCGAGGCAAAAGCCAUCAACAUCUUGUUAACACAUCACUCUGGGAUUUACUUAAGCCAAGUCUUGCAGCAAAGGGACCAGCAACAACUCAGCAAGGCCGGCCCUGUUCCUGGCCCUUUUCUGUCAUGGCACUUCAGUGUUAAGCGCUGGGAUAAAGAACUCAGAAAAUACCUAUUUUGUAACCAAAUGAUGCAAUUUUUGUAUGCUUUUAGGCAGCACUUGCCACUGGAUAGUGAUGCUUUAUGUUCAUGAUUCUCUGACUUGCUAUAGAAUUAUUUUAUGUUAAGAAGAAAAUAAAAAGCAUUCAGAUGUGCCAAAAAUGUGAGGUUAACUGAAGUGUAAUUAGCUCUGAAAGUUCCUCUGUAACCUGCCUAAUGUUACAAUAGAUUUCAAGAACUAUGGGUACGAGGCAGUAGUUUUUACCUCCAGAAAGUUUUAAUAUAAAGUGAAGAAAGAUGCUUACCCUUUAAAAAUGGCAAUGCAGACUGGUGUGAACUGAUGUAUUUUAUUAUUAGAUUCUCAUUGUGAUGUAAGUUUAAAUAAAUUGUUGGGUUAUGGAAGAUUGUAACACCUUGUGAU